UGUCUAAGUAUGUCCAUGAUUACGUCUUCCUACCAGAGGAGUCGUGUUGUUUUAGUCAAUACGGUGGUAAUUAUCCGAUUAUUGUGAUAUAGCGAGUUACAGGCGCCCUCAGCUCACGGUGGAAGUGCUAACUUGUAAGUCUUAAUGCAUUUCUCUUUUCUUCAAAGGUUUUUGAGUAGAUUUUCGUUUGUAAUUAUACCGGCGUCUCCUUACGCUGUAAUCCACGCUUUUAAUUGUGACGUGGAUUGACAGAAAGAGUAGCGCGAGAGAGAAACGCGGCAUACAGAAUAUGACGAACGACGCGGCCGAGUCUGGUCAUUCAAAGCGAGAAAACUUCAUAGAGAUGUCGCCCGAGUAUUCAACGCUGAUCGCCGCCGAAGAUCGAAGCUCAGUUCCCCGCAGAGAGGACGCGCAAGUGCCGAGGUUUGAGAAUAUACAAAAUGGUGGUGCCGAUAUAGAAAACGGUGAAGUGUCUCCAAUACAAAAAGAUAUUGCAAACCAAGAGCUCAAUGACGUAGCAAUUAAUAUGACGUCACCUCAGAAACAAACAAACAACGAAAAUUUAGAAGAAAAAUGUCCAAAAGACCAGAAACCGUCAACAAGUCCACCGAGUAACAAGUACGGUAAGAAACCGCCAUAUUCAUACAACGCCUUGAUAAUGAUGGCCAUCAAAAAGAGCCCACGAAAGCGACUUACACUAAGUCAGAUCUACCAAUACAUAACAACUACAUUCCCAUACUACAAAGAAAAUAAACAGGCGUGGCAGAAUUCUAUCAGACACAACUUAUCGUUGAACAAAUGCUUUGUGAAAGUACCGAGGCACUACGACGACCCCGGGAAGGGUAACUAUUGGAUGCUAGACCCGUCUAGUGAUGAUGUAUACAUUGGUAGUAGCACCGGUAAACUGAGACGAAGAAGUUCAAGCAGUCAAGCAAGGGGUCGUUUAGCAUUACGACGAAGAACAUUCGCCCAAGUAUUUGGAUCGCCGCAAGAUAUUUUACAACACGACCCCCCACAACAGAUAAUAAGAACAGACGUGACGUCACGAGCGGCCAUGUUACGUCAUCAUGACGCAGCACGAACAAUGCUGGGUUCUGGAAUCCCACAGCGGGCAGAUCCCUACCCUAUGUUUCAACACACGCGGUUCCCUAUGACUACAGAAACUGAUUCAAGAUACAGGCAAUUGUAUAGAGCGAGAUUGGAACAAUACUACGCGCAUCUCGCGUCCUCUGCACUGUUCGGGCACAUGCAAGCUACUGCAUUAAACGCCCAGCCACGUAUUGUUAAAAGCAACCCCGCCUCUCCUGAGCCUGUGCAUUCCCAUUACGAACAAACUACGUCACCAAACACCGCACCUCCUCGCUCUGACACCUCCACACCACCGCGAGGGAUCGAACGACCGUGGGCAUCACCGCCGCGUAGGAGGUGUGACGUCACAAAGCAUGAAACAAUUGACCGCGACGUCGUGUCGCGAUGCUCCUCCGAAUCUUCUAAUGAAUCAUCAAGAAACAAGAGAGAAGUCACCGAAAACUCUACGAAUUCACCGAUACAGCAACUUAGUACAAGAGGAGGGUUACCGUUCUACCUUACACCAACCCCGAACCCUUGCCCUAAUUUCUUAAUGCCCAACACUGCCGGGUUAGUUCCAAAUCCAAGUUACCCCUUCUUUUUCCCCCAACCAUUCCACCCAGCCUUGGCGUUUCUCUCUCGGCCACAAACUGUUGCGUCAUCAUCGCAAUUGUGACGUAUAACAAAGUAAUUGUGUUAACUUACUGUACCAAUUUGUAAUUGUGUUGUGCCGAUAUGUGUAAUAAAUUAAACACAAAAAAAACAUUUCGAAAGUACAAGCCAAAGUAUUAGAACUAAGAAACGAAUUUCGCAUUUAUAUGUUUUGUUGCACUAAUUGUGAAUUUGAAACUUUGUUAUGAUCAGUUUUUUACCUAAAAAAACUUAAAUUACCAAUA